AUGGCUCUCCUCCUCCUCCUCGUCGCCCUCACCACGCAGGCGGCGAGCUGGGCGGAGAGCAGCGCCGCGGAUCCGGAGCCGUCCUCGGUGCCUAUACCAACCAAUCUUACAAUAGAGGCCUAUAACUUCAAUCCUAUCCUAUCUUGGAAUUACCCAAUUAUGGCACAGAAGCCUGUUUUUACAGUACAGGUAAAAAUCUAUGGGGAGGAUGAAUGGUUUGAUGCCUGCAAUACGUCUCAGCAUCACUGUAACAUCAUUUUCAUGAUUAAGAAUCCAGAAUAUUCUCUCUGGACCAGAGUUAAAGCUAGGCUUGGUCAAGAAGAAUCAGCCUAUGCAGAAUCAGAAGAAUUUAUUUUGUGCCAACAAGGGAAAGUUGGACCACCUAAACUUGAUAUCAGUCACAAGGAAGACCAACUCAUUAUUAAUAUAUUUCAUCCUUUAAUUGUUGUAAAUGGAAAAGAGCUAGGAUUCAUUUUUGGAGAAGAUACUUGUUACACCAACUACCAAGUGUAUGAGAGAAUAAAUGAAGGACUGAUUAUAGAUAGAAUUUUAAAAGAGGAUGAAGAUGAUUGUGACGAGACUCAGUGCAACUUUAGUAUUCCAGUAUCCUCACAGAAUUUUAAGUACUGUAUUUCAGCAGAAGGAAUCUCACCUUUAAUGUCCCUAAAAACUGAAAUGUCCGAAGAACAUUGUAUUACCAUUUCUGAUAGUAAGAAUAGUAAGAGCAUAAAAGAUUCUAUUUGGAUUCCAGUUGGUGCUGCUCUUAUACUCUUUCUAAUACUUAUCCUGGUAGUUGUAUGUUGGAACUUGAAGAUAAAUCCUUUUAAGAAUGAAAGAAUCCCAUUACCCAAGUCCUUGAUGUCUGUGGUAAAAAAUGCCUCUUCAGAGGCAAAAUCUGAAUCAAAAUAUGUAUCACCCAUCAUCUAUGAGCCAAUUGUCCCUGAAAAUGAGAAAGUGAUCUGGGAAGAGCAGUUGUCUCCAGCAACAAUUUCAAGUAUGCAGACUGAGGACGAUCCAGGAACAGCAAAGCACAGGGAUCUUCCUAAUGAAACACAAGUGGGGACCACUGAAGAAAACACUCCUGAUGUGGACCCUGGUAGCCCUUCGACCCCAGUAAGGAGCAGGGAUUCUGUCCAUUCAGGCAGUAACCGGUCUGAAUCCUGCAUCGUUGCUUUAAACUCUUAUCACACGAGAAAUGGUUCUGAUAGUGACCUUGUGGAAUCCAACAGCUGCUUAUCUGACUCCGAAUCUCCUCCAAGUAGCAAAACUGAAAUGAAGACCGGAGAACCAGAGCCCAUAACGCCGAGAAACACUACUACCUCCUUUGGUUACGAUAAGCCCCAUGUGCUAGUGGAUGUGCCUGUGGAUGAAGGUGGUAAAGAGUCCCUGAUUGGUUACCGAGAUUGA